UUGUUUUUAAUCAAAAAUUGAUAUCCUUUAUAUAUUUUUAGAUGUUGACGGUAACAAAAUUAAAGGGAAACAAAGGAGCAAAACCCUACUCACUUCCACUAAAACUUAAAGUGUGUGCCAUUGGUAUUACUCAAAAGUAUGUAACAGAUGGAGAGAAAAAGGAAUACACAGUCGGCGGAUUAGCUGACACAACUGAUGCCAUCAAGGGAAUGGUGUAUGACUCUUCGAAACUAAACAACAUGCAAGCAUCAGCCACCAUCAUUCUAAUGAAUUACAUACUCAAGAAUGAAAAUGAAGGAACAGUUGUAAUCACAAAGACCACAAAAGUCUUGAAAACGGCGCAGAUGGAUGUGCCAGAACAUCUGAUAGAGAAGGGGGCAGCCAUCGCAAACCCACCCCCUGCAGCAACUCUUGCCCUCAGAGAUGUUAAGAGAUCCCCUGUCAAGACACUAGUCUCUGUGAAGGGGAGAAUCAUUUCGGAGGACAUGGCAAAAACUGUGAAAGUACGUGGACAGGAUGUCACUGUCAAGACUGUUAGCCUUAAAGAUAAUACAGACACCAUUAAAGUCUCGCUCUGGAGGGAUUUGGCAGAACCAUCAUUUGUUGGAAAGUUUCUCCAGAUGACAAAUGUGGUUGUGACUGCAUUUAAUGAUGAAAUCUCAAUAUCUUCAACCUCCAAGACUGAUUUGAAGGAAUGUGAUGUCCCAAUGACGGUAGUAAAGGGAUCUGCCAUUGGAUUUGAAAUGAAAGAACUAACUGUGUCGAUUUUGUUGUGCAAUGGAGAUGAGUUUCAAGAACUCGAAGCACCAGUUCAGAUGAUAGCAGACACUCUGAGUUGCCAACUUGAGGAUAUUGAAGAAAAUUUGCAGAACAGAAUACCUAUGAAAUGUGUGUUUAAGAUCAAAGACACCACCAUUCAUAUUAUUGAUCAAAUGGAGAAAGAGGACUGAACAAAGAUAUAAAGUUCAUUCAACCAAUGCAAAAUUAUGAUGUUUUGAAAUACACCAAAUUAUUUCUUGAUGUGUAAUUCAAACCACAUUAUGAAAUUAUGUUUGUUUUCUGACUUACCGGUAUAUUGGUGUUGUACUAUUUACCAUCUUUGAUUUAAACUCAUUUCAUCAAUUUAACUAUUUGGUGUUGUAAAUAGACCUAUACAUAUUUUAUAAAAAGUUAAGAAACACAUGUUUAUGAGAUUUUUUAAUUGUCAAGUCUUAUGUAUCAGUAUUUUUCUUAUUGCCAUUUUUUUUUUUGGCUAUAAUUGUAUUUUUUCUACAACUUUAGAAGAAUUUUGUGUCAUAUUCUUCACUGCCAUUCUUUAUAUGUUUAUAAGCAACGUAUAAUCCUAUCUUUGUGCCAAAAUGUGUUCUAGUGAAUAUAUACACAGUGCCAACAUUUCAGGGAUAACAUGUCUGUGUUAUGACAUGCUUCUUUCCUUUCCUUUUGUAAAACGUAAAUGUACAUAGAACUAUUUCUGCAUUAUAUAAGCUACAUGUAUUCAACCCAAGACUUGGCAGAACUUGUCCGAAUUUAAGAUUCCUUUCCAAAAUGCUGUAUUUUUUUGCUUUUCUUAAUCUUUACAAAACAUUUAUACCCUCAUUAUGUUUAUUUUAGAGAAUUUAAAAUUCUCAUUUUUACUGUCUAUCAUGAGCAAUGCUGCUUUUAGCCUUAUUGAAAAGGUUUGUACAUAAACAGACAUGUUGUCUGUCUCUUGUAAUUUUAAUGCAACAAUCAAAUUCACAAGCCUUUAUACUACCCUUUUUUUUUAUUGUCCCCCUUUGCCUUCUAUUGACCUGAAAUCCAAUUUUGAUGACAACCCCAUAAAAUGUGUCGUACUUUUUUUGCACUUUUAAUGUUUUGGUAUUUAACUCCAAUGACCUCUUCAUAACAAAACAUUGUCUCUUAUGUAAAUAACUUUAUAGCUUUUCCUUGUUUUUACAUUUUUUUUAUUUCCAUUCUUGCUUAUGUUUAUAUGUUUUGCUUUUAUAAUUACAUACCAAAUAGAAACUUUUGUAAUUUGUGGUUGUGAACAAUGUACUUCUGAUUGUUACUUCUUUUCUUAGUAUUGAAAGACUGUAAUUUGUACAUAAAAUGAUAGUUUCCACUUCUGGUAUUGAAAUGACUGUAGUUUGUAGAUUUUCUUGUCGCAUGUUUGGUCGUCUGCAAUCAUUUAGAACUAUGGUAAAUUAGAUUUUUCGUUUAUGCUCAAAUACAUAACAGUAUACUCUUAUUGUGUUAUCCAUCUGCAACAUCACUUUGUCUAGUGUUGACAACCAAAAUAUUUGAUAACUUAGUGUUUCAGAGCUAAAGAUCAGACUUUCUAACAAAAAAAUUGACUCAUUUUGGAUACCUGUUUCUUAAAAAUUUAAUUAAAUCCAUUAAGAUUCUCUACAUGUAAGACUGCUUUAUUUUGAUAUAAUAUAAACAACCUGAUGUCUAAUGACCAUUUUACCUCAGCUUGUACAUUUUGCAAUGCAUAAUUUGAUCUUUAGCAUUAAAUACAGCAUAAA